AUGACAAAUAUACAACAAAAUAAGUUAUUAAUAGGGUUAGAAUGUUCAUCAAUUUUUCAGAAAUUUGAAGCAUUAGAAAAUGGUUAUGAUUUUAUUGGAAUUAAUGUCUUAAAUAAGACCCAGGAAAAUGAUUAUUUUGAAAAAUAUAUAGGUCUUUCAGAUAAAGAUGUUAAUAUUCAUGUGGAGGAUAUUUUAGAUAUAUCGGCUUUUGCUUUAUCUUAUAUUCAAUUGGAUUUAUAUGAUGAACAAAUAUUAAAGAAAUCAACUCAGAUUUUAUAUGACGAGGUUCAAUAUGUUUCCUAUAUUGGUAUUUCGCAUUUUGUUUUACCACUAUUUACACAAAAGACAUUGAUUCCUCAAUAUGCUCGUAUGAUCAAUCAUUUAUUUUCUCUUUCCACAUAUAUACACUUUUAUAUUUUUUUUUCGAUGGAUGAUUUAGUUGAUCCAUUGGAAUUGUGGGAUAUUUGGAAUACAAUUCGUAUAUUAUGUGGGUACAAUAAUAGGUUAUUAUUGGCUUUUAAGAUUGGAAAUAAACUUCCUGAGCUAACAGCAAUUACACGUUGGUUUGCUGAACCUAUUGGUCUUUUAAUUAUUAAUUCAAAUAUUUUUGUAUCGAAUUCUGAUGGUAAUCUGAUUCUUCCUCAAGCUCAUCAAACUUUUUAUACUAAACUUAUUAAAUUUAAACCUAAUGUUCUUCUACAAAUCUCAGAUGACAUAUCUUUGAGCAAUAAUUCUUCAGUAUAUUAUCAAUAUUUAAGACAUUUAGAGAAUAUAAAUCCAACUACUACAAUUGAGAAGUUUGCAAAUGGAUAUCAAGAUUAUUUGCAAAUUCCUCUUCAGCCAUUGGCAGAUAACCUUGAAAGUAUAACCUAUGAAGUUUUUGAAAAAGAUCUUGUAAAAUAUGAUCAAUAUGAACUUUCUAUUCGUCGAGCCCUUAUGGAUCGUUCUAAAUUAAAUGAACCAAUAUAUAUUGCAAUUGUUGGUGCAGGAAGAGGGCCACUUAUAUCAAGAUCUUUAAAAGCUGCUGAAUCUGCUGAUCGAAAAAUUAUUAUUUACGCAAUUGAAAAAAAUCCAAAUGCUUUUAUAACAUUAGAGCAUCGGAAUAGAUAUGAAUGGAAUAAUAAUAUACAUUUAAUACAUAUAGAUAUGCGAUUAUGGAAACCACCUGUUUUAAUUGAUAUUAUUAUUAGUGAGCUACUAGGAAGUUUUGGAGAUAAUGAACUUAGUCCAGAAUGCCUCGAUGGUGUUCAAAAGUUUCUAAAUCCAAAAGGUGGGAUUUUUAUUCCAUCUUCAUAUACCACAUAUAUUACUCCAAUUAUGGCACCAAAAAUAUAUGGAAAUAUAUUACAAAUGAAAAGCGAUGCUGCUUUUGAAAUGUUUUAUUCUAUAUGGUUGCAUUCGAUAGAUUAUCUUGCUAAAGAUAGUGAAAAUAAGUUUCAAGAAUUAUGGAAAUUUUCCCAUCCUAAUCCAAAUUAUUAUGAUGAUAAUUCCAAUUUUCAUAAUACAAGAAAAUCUAAAAAUACAUUUAAUAUAUUUUCUAGAGGUAUGUUGCAUGGAUUUGCUGGAUAUUUCGAAGCUGUUCUUUAUGAUAACAUUAAAUUAUCUACACGUCCAGACAUAAUUGAUGAAAAGUUAAAAGAUAUGGUAUCAUGGUUUCCUGCUUUUUUUCCCUUAAAAACGCCUUUAUAUGUUCCUUCUGGUUCACAUGUUGAUCUUUAUUUUUGGCGUCAAACUGAUUCAAAAAAAGUUUGGUAUGAGUGGUUAGCUGAAGUUUAUAUAAUUUCUUCAGAUACACAGAACAAUGAACCUUUACAUGAUUCUAAUCGUAUUAAAAUUGGGAUGACUGGUAUUCAUAAUUAUAAUGCAUCUUUUUUUAGUAUUAGUUUAUUUUGA